AUGGAGUACUUUCAGAACACAAUCGCGCAUCACGUCACCCAUCCAGAUGACCGUACCGGAGAGAGUGCCGUGCAUAGACACGACGGUUGGAAUAGUGGACCGUUUCGUCCCAGCGAUGUUUAUCUGCCGGAUCAAGGAUUGUACAUCAAAUACGAUGCAGAGACCGGUGAUCUCGUGCCCGUUAGCCACUUGUGGAGAACCGGAUUCGCCAUGUGUCCUUCCACAGCACCAACCGGACCGAUGCAGUUGAAGCCCGAUGAUACUCGGUAA